CAUCCGUGGGCUGUGCGCUUCUUCCUCUCCAGCCCAGUCCAGUUUACUUUGCUCUACUACGGAUACCUCACAAGCACAAGUCUACCACCUACCAACCUACUCUCAGUCAAAGUCUCCACGGUCCGAUUCACAAGAACCUACUAGUUGGGGGCUCUUUCGUCUGAGGCUGGUUCGUGUCAGUUUCAGUGUGCUCAAAUCACCGUCUUAAUUUGACCAAUUUGGCCCGUCGCCGGGUCCUCCUCUUCCUCCUCCUCGACACUUCUCUCCCAUUUCCUAUUUUGGCACCACAUCUGUGCACCGCUGCCCGUUAAUCUUCCUGCACAAGACCUCUUCCCAAGCUCCAAGAUAUACAAAAGGACUGCCAUCCCACCUUGCAUCUACCUCCAGCAUCACCGACCAUCAUCCCAUUCGAGCUGCUUGUUGAUUCACGGCUGGGACCACUUGACCAUCACAUCAGCAUCCUUUUAUCGCUUCUACUUCUUCACGCCUCUGUCUGUCGUUGACGAGCAAUAACAAUACUACUACUACCAUUCGACCUCGCCGCCGAACAAGCUUCAUCAAGCAAGAUACAAUAAGCAAUCGUUCUCCGACGUACCACUUUCACACAAGAAAAAACGAACUUUCCUGGCUGGACCGUAUUAGGUACAGCUUACUCGCAUACCUUUCUCCACAUAGAAACCUGGGCUGAUCAGCAGCAGUCCUUAAAACCGCCGUGCGGCUUCAUCAUUCGAGUCCGCCAAUCUUCUUUUUAACCCACAGGAUCGAGCACCCAAAGUGUCUCGUCCGCAACGGUCGUGUCUAAAAGACUUUCAUUCUCAAAGAGAACAGCACAAGAUGUCUAUGCUCGCCAUGGCUGCUCCGUCCCCCCAUUCAGCAUUCAAGAACUACCCCUGGGAUGGCGGCAGGUCUUCCUCAGACUACUCCUCGCGCCCUCGUACUGAGCCCGAGAGAAUUGCCUUGCCAUCAAUUCGUCAGGCCAUCCCAGAACUCCACCUUCGCCUGCAACCCCAGGAGGCAUCAACCACCAGAACUACCUCUUCCAACACCUCGCCAACAGUAGGAUAUGCUGGUGUCAUGACGCCUCCCGAGUACGUUCACUCGCCAAACUCAAACAAGAGGAGGAGACUCUCAAUCGACGAGGAGCAGGAGAGCGAGAGAGUCAGCCGUGUCCCAAGACUUUACGAGUCUCCUGCCCGUAUUCCUCAACACCAAAUUUCCCCGCCAGUCCCUUCCCGCGCUGCCACUGAGAGCUGGACUGGAUCCGCAAGGACGAGCCCUUACAUGUCUUCAUCUGGCAUGCCUUCCAUGAGAUCCCCCGCCAUGGAAGUCAACGAGCGUCUCGAGUCUCGCCCAACACUUCCCAGCCUCCCGCCCAUGAACUUCGAGAGGGAAUCGAUCCCCAUGCAACGUGUCCGCGGCCACUCCCAAGACGAGUUCCAGCCCAUCCGCCCUUCCAUGGCCAUGUCUUCAGGACCCAUGAUGGAGGCCGCUCCUUCAUACCGCCCCAGCGGAUACGCCUACGGAUACCACCACCCCAGCCGAGUCCAGUCUCUUUCCCUCGGCUCCAUUCAUCCCUUCGACCGCACACCAUUCUCAGCCGCCGGCUACGGUCACUACCCUGAGUUCAUGCGCAUCGGAGAGCUUGGAGCCAUGGGAAUGCACGGUGACAGCAAGCAACGCAAGCGCCGUGGCAACCUGCCAAAGGAGACGACUGACAAGCUGCGUGCUUGGUUCGUCGCUCACCUGCACCACCCCUACCCCACGGAGGACGAGAAGCAGGAGCUCAUGCGUCAGACCGGUCUGCAGAUGAACCAGAUCUCCAACUGGUUCAUCAACGCCCGGCGCCGUCAGCUUCCCACCAUGAUCAGCAACGCCCGUGCAGAGUCCGACGCCAUGUCCAGCCGCAGCGGCGAGAGCAAGAUCCUCCCGUCGACAGAGCGCAGCGAGUACGACGACGGCAAGCGCAACAGCGUCCCCCUCAGCGAUGGCGAGGCCUUUGACGAGGACAUGGACCUGAAGCAACGGCGCUCUGCCCACAUCAAGAGGGGGAGCAUUUAGAAGAAAACGCCUCUUGAAUCAUCCGAGACAAAGAAACAAAAAACGUCAAACAAAAAAAAUACUGCCAACGCCCAAGACAAAGGGCGACCUACUGCAACUCAAGAAUUCUUUUAUCACUAUACCAGACGCGCGCUUCAUUCUAUCUUAUCAUCAUUAACGACGGACCACGACCGCAAAAGACCCAACCACAACAAAAUUCGGCAAAAUCAGGGGCAAAUUUUUAAUAUUCAUGAGCUUUGUAUAAAAAACAUUACCACCAGGAGUUGAUGGGAUCAAGUCCCUCCUCCUGGAAAGCACCCUUUUCUACGUCGACUGUAUCUAUGGGGAUAAUGUAUUCUUACACACAACACACAAGAAAAGGCGACUUGGGGGUUUUACAUCACAACAC